GAGCCCGUUUAAAAGGGAAAGGGAUGGAAGCAAGCCUCUUUACUCCGUCACCGACUCUGACCGAACCCCGGCACCUUCCUCCGGCCGCGCGUCCCUCACUCUGGAUCAGCCUAAAUGAAUGAAACACUGGGGAAUAUCCACACGCACGCCAGCGGGGAGACUCUGUGUCCAAACUUCAGUCCGCGAGGAUUUUAUGUCGGGCUUGACAGGCUAUAGUCAACAUGCUUUGUCCCUCCCGGAGCUUCACCCCGAGCUUUUCAGAUGUGUGACCGGCCACCGGUGUCUAAUUGCGCCCGCCAUCGCCAAGGAGUCACGCUGUGAUUGACGGAUCAGGUUUUUGACUGCCAGGACAAAUGAAUACAAAUGAAUUUAGGCACCCAAAGGAGAGAUUGCAAAACCUCUCAUCUAGACACAAAGAGGGCCUUAUUGCUCUGCACUGUUCUAUACUGUACUUGUUACCUGGGACUUACACAAGUACACUCUGAAGAUGUGGACAUCCUCCAAAAGUUGGGGCUUAGAGGAGACAAAUCGUCACGCUCCGUACCAGCUGGGGUCAUUCCGUUCAGGUCUGGGUUCAUCCUCAACCCGCAGGCGCACAUCGAAAGUCCACUGCGUUCCAUUUUCCCGCCAACAUUUUGGACCAAUGCGGCACUGGUCCUAAGUGUGAGCUCGCACAGAGUAAACAGUGCCUUCCUCUUCACCCUGCUCUCGGAGAAGAAAAAGCUUCUUCUGGGCCUACAGCUUAUUCCGGGGAGUCUAGUCCUCCACACGGGCCCAAACACUUCGGUGGCACUGCCCUAUGAACCCCAUGACGGCCAGUGGCACCAGCUGGCGUUAGAAAUUAAUGGACAGAAAGUGACUCUAUAUGCCUCCUGCGGAGAGCAGAGUGUUCAUGUGGAUUUUGGAUGGGACAAUGCGGAAGGACUGGCCCAGGAGCGCCAGGACUCCUUCCUGCUGGGGCGGUCAAGCCAACAUCAAGCCUCAGCGCACUUUGAAGGAGCCAUCUGCCAGUUUGAUCUGAUCCCCUCUGCCCAGGCAGCUCACAACUACUGCAAGUACAUUAAGAAACAGUGCAGGGAAGCAGACACAUACAGGCCUAACCUUCCACCCUUGCUGCCCAUCUUCCCUCGACAAACCAACGUAUCAUCUACAGCUGUUCCUAAGCCUGGUAGACCAGUGACAGCCAAAAAGGCCUCAGCUUUUAACCUUGCCCGGAGUGUUGCGGCUGCUGCCUCCGCCGUCAGAUAUGUCUCCCUAUCUCAAACAAUAAAGCCCACACUUGGCACCACUCCUACAACUUUGCUGGCCACCGUAAUGCCAGUCACAGCUCAGCUUGGCCUCUCCGCUCCUCCGACCAAGGCAAGAACUGAAACGGUCACAGCUCAACUUCAGACCACAGUAUUCCCAACCAAACCACCUGCUACAAGACUGUCCACCUCCAAAACAACGAUUCAAACAUCACCCAAACUUACUUCCCAAAAGCCUACUGCACAAAGCAGUUCCAAAACGAAAAUUUUGGUAACCGAAAAGAAAAGGAAACCUACUACUCCAGUCACUGCUAGCCCCAAACCUUCUAAGAAAAAAACAGAAAACAUUUUAUUAGAUGAAGAUCCACCUCUAAAAAAACCCCAGCCAACCACAGCCAAGAAAACACCCACCAAGCCUAAAGUUGCACCAUCCAAAGCCACUCUCACUAAACCCAAGUUUAACCUUGUCAAAGCGCCAAUCUUUAAACCAGCACUAUCCAAAGUGAACCCCUCAAAACCAACCAUCUCAAAGACUACCGCUAAAAACGCCAAGCCAAAGCCCACCAAGCAAGCCAAAACCACCAAAGCCCCGGUGACUUCGCAGCCUACCAGACCUUCGUACCAUGUUGUAACGUCACCUGCCACAGACAGCUUCCAGAGCUGGGAGUUGGCUCCAACUCAAUUCUCCCUACUAGCUGGACCUGGAGGAGAAAAAGGAGAACAAGGCCCUUCGGGACUUCAAGGACCUCCAGGGAAGCCAGGCCUGCAAGGCAAGAGGGGUCCUCGGGGUUCUCCGGGUCCUCAUGGAAACCCUGGCCGAUCCGGUCCACCUGGUCUCAAGGGUAGAAAAGGAGACCCCGGCAUCUCACCUGGGCCAGCCCCCAAAGGAGAGAAGGGAGACUCGGGGAUUCUUGGUCCGUCUGGACUUAUUGGUCAGGAAGGUCGAAAGGGACAGAAAGGUUACCCCGGUCCACCUGGUCUCCCCGGAGAAUCCGGAGAGCACGGUCCAGUCGGAAGCCCAGGUGCCAAAGGUUAUCCUGGCAGGCAGGGUCUACCUGGGCCAAUAGGACCAAUGGGGCCCAAAGGCGUGCGGGGUUUCAUUGGAAUCCCCGGGCUUUUUGGCCUCCCUGGGCCUGAUGGCGAAAGAGGCAUUCCCGGCGAACCAGGGAAGAGGGGCAAGAUGGGUAGGCCGGGGUUUCCUGGGGACUUUGGAGAGCGAGGACCACCUGGGGCGGAUGGACAACCAGGCCAGUUGGGAGCACCCGGUCCAAAUGGAGUUCUCGGACUAAUUGGUGAUAUGGGACCCGUUGGAGAGAUGGGCCUUCCAGGACCGAAUGGACUGAAGGGGGUGCCUGGAAAUCCCGGAGAACCAGGACUGAAAGGUGAUAAGGGUGACAUUGGGAUAUCGGGCGAGCAAGGCGAGAUGGGCUACAAAGGAGACAAGGGCAUCCAAGGAGCUCCGGGUCCACCUGGCAUCCGCGGAAAACCAGGACCGCCGGGCAGUCCAGGCGAUAAAGGCCCCGAUGGCACAGCAGGACCAAUCGGCCCUGAAGGUUUUCCUGGAGAUAUGGGACCGCCGGGAGAGAACGGCCUUGAAGGGCCAAAGGGAAAGCUAGGGACAAGAGGUUUACCUGGGCCACAAGGAGUACCUGGCUUGGAGGGAGACGAGGGCCCUAUCGGACCACCAGGACCAAUGGGAUUGGAGGGUCGACUGGGCAGAAAAGGAUUCCCUGGGAAGGUCGGGCCUGAGGGAGUGAAGGGAGAGACUGGCAUCACAGGAAAAGUUGGAUCGAUGGGGGAAAGAGGCUUGGUUGGUUUUAUCGGACCUGUGGGAGAGGCGGGGCUGGCGGGAGAGAAGGGGGACCGAGGGUCCAUGGGCCUUCCUGGACCGGCUGGAGAAAAGGGUUCUACGGGUCACCCAGGGACACCAGGGGAGACCGGGCCUUCAGGACCACCAGGCAGACCAGGACCCCCAGGGCGAACGGGACCCGGAGGUACCAGAGGACCCAAAGGUUUGCGGGGCGCCACGGGUCCUGACGGUCCAACGGGAGAGAUAGGGAUAGAAGGCAAGAAGGGUCUAGAUGGUCCUCCAGGAAAAAUCGGCUUCCCAGGACCCCAGGGGAAAAUCGGGGAUCCUGGAGAAACUGGGUCUAAAGGUUUUCCUGGUAUCCAAGGGUCAUCUGGACCACCAGGGGACAAGGGAAUCGGAGGCGAGCAGGGACCUCCUGGACCACCAGGCACUAUUGGUCUCUUAGGAGAAAUUGGUCAGAAGGGUCCUCCAGGGAACCUUGGGGAGCCAGGACUGCCAGGCGAGCCAGGGGAAAAGGGAGCUAUCGGACCUGCUGGGAACAUCGGCGAGCAGGGACUCAUUGGGCCUCGGGGUGAACCGGGUUUGGAGGGAGAGGCUGGUGCUGCUGGUCCAGAUGGAGCCAAGGGGGAUAAGGGUGACAUGGGUCAAGAGGCCGACCAAGGUGAAAAAGGUGAAACUGGUUUAAAGGGAAAGGAGGGUCCUGCCGGAAGUCCUGGAAUCCCUGGUGUUAGAGGCCAAGAAGGGAAAUCUGGCAAAAUUGGUGAACAAGGCAAACUAGGACCAAAGGGUGCCAAAGGCCACCAAGGUCACCUCGGGGAGACCGGGUCGGUGGGCAAGACAGGACCACAGGGUACCAUCGGUCCAAAGGGCUCCAGAGGAACCAUCGGACAUGUGGGAGCUCCAGGAAGAAUGGGUCAGCAGGGAGAACCAGGCAUCUCAGGUUAUGAGGGCCAUCAGGGACGGUCGGGCCCAAUGGGGCGUCCAGGACCAAAAGGUGAAAAGGGCGAACAGGGCGAUGAUGGGAAAAUCGAGGGUCCUCCUGGUCCUCUCGGUGACAUAGGUCCACCAGGCGACAGAGGAGAAAGAGGGGAACCAGGCGACCCAGGAUACAAAGGUCAAGUGGGUUUAGAUGGUGAAAGAGGAAGACCUGGAGCUCCUGGACUUCUUGGACACCCUGGACCUCGAGGAAUUCAAGGACCCAAAGGGGCCAAAGGAGACCUAGGUCAAAAAGGCAAACAGGGUCAUGUAGGACCAAAAGGAACAAGAGGAACAGAGGGGACUGGCGGCUCUUCCGGUCCAAGAGGUGUGGUGGGUCGAGAAGGGCAGGAGGGUUUGCCCGGGAUGGACGGAAUGCCAGGAAAGGAUGGAAGUAAAGGCAUGCCGGGAGAGCAUGGAGACGACGGAGACUUCGGCGUCCCAGGCAAAGCUGGCGGUCGUGGAAAGCCGGGUGUUCCAGGACUUCCAGGAGACCAAGGUGUCUAUGGACCAAAGGGUGACCGAGGUCUCAGAGGACAGAGUGGCCCUCCAGGCAAAAGAGGUUUCAGAGGUGGGAUGGGACUUCCAGGGUCGCAGGGAGAUCGAGGACUGAAAGGACAACCAGGUGAUGUUGGAGAAUCUGGAUUUCCGGGGAUAUUUGGUGUCUUUGGUCCAAAGGGUCCUCCUGGAGACUUUGGUCCAAAAGGCAUUCGAGGACCAAAGGGGCCCAUAGGAAACAUGGGCAGAGGAGGAGUCAUAGGCCCUACAGGAAUAAUUGGCCCCAACGGAAGAGCGGGUCCCAGAGGGGAGAAAGGCAACCGUGGAGCCAUGGGAGUACAAGGACCUAGGGGAUCCCCAGGACCACGUGGACGCCCUGGACCUCCAGGCCUCCCUCGUGUCCCUCCGUCUUUUAAAGAGGAUGGUCUUUUGUUUAUGGAUCCACUCAGCCAGCUCAGGAGUGAGUCUCCCAAGAACAAGCUGGUGAUGGACCUGCCUAUGCUGGACCAGGGCGCAGAGAUCUUUAAGACCCUCCACUACCUCAGUAACCUGAUCCAUAGCCUGAAGAAUCCACUGGGCACCAGGGACAACCCUGCCCGUAUUUGCAGGGACCUGCGCAGCUGUGAACACAAGCUAAACGAUGGCACUUAUUGGAUAGACCCUAACCUUGGCUGCUGGUCUGAUACAAUCGAAGUGUCCUGCAACUUUACGGGUGGUGGGCAGACGUGCCUGAAACCUGUAACUGUAGCCAAGCCCACGGUGAGCGUUGGCCGGGUCCAGAUGAACUUCCUGCACCUGCUGAGCUCCGAGGCGGUCCAGCAUGUCACCAUCCACUGCCUCAACGCCUCCAUCUGGACAUCGGACCGAGAUCUGACACCGUUGCGGGAAACUUCUGUGCGAUUCAAGGCCUGGACCGGCGAGGUGUUUGAGGCGGGAGGAGAGCUGGAGCCCGAGGUGGUGGAGGACUCCUGCUGGAUGAAAGAUGGCCGCUGGCACCAGGCCCAUUUUGUCUUCCACUCCUUGGACCCUUCCUUGCUCCCCGUGACGGACAUCGUCAACCUCCCCAAGACCACCCCCGGCUCACACUACCACCUGGAGAUAGGUCCUGUAUGCUUCCUGUAAGGGGCUGCUGCAGUCCUUCAAAAUAAGAGAGGGUGGGUCGCCGCCAUGCGACGCACGCCCGAGCCACACCCCCCCGCCCUCCGAGCAGCUCGUGCCAACCUCUCAUUGGACUGCAGAUACAGGAGAGGGGGUGUCGGCCAGCGGGAGACCGGCGAGCAGAGGAGUAGCGGGGGGGAGUUCUUGCACUAAAUUCCUCCCAACAGGCCAAUUGCUUCUCCCAGCUGUGGAACAUUGACCAGCGAAGAAGGACGUUCUCAUAAGAACUUAUUUUUGUAUACGGUCUGUAUACCAUGUGAUGUAUUUUAUUUUGGCAAAAUAGCAGGAAAUGCAUUCUAAAAUAUAGUAAUAAUAAUGGAAACCAGUUAAAUGUACAUAAGUAUGCUUAUUAUCAAUGUAAAGAAAUCAUCUUCAAGUGCAAUAGAAAAUGAAAAGAUAAGUCUACACUUAAAUUAAUUUUUUUAUUUGCCUUUGGUGCUGAUCUCCUUUUGGAUUUUACUCACAUGUUUUAUUGUAUUUUUAUUAUUAUUCAAUCUGAUCAGAAGCAUCUGUAUUUAUUAGUGCUCCGGUAGGGAGAGAAGUGUCAUCAUAAACUACUCGUGGUGCUAAAAAGAAUACCGUAUUUCUUUGAAUAGCCGCCGGGCAUGUAAUAUGCGCCUGCCUUGAAUUACUGCCGGGUAAAACUCGCUCUCCAAAUUUAUAAUCGCAUGCUUACUUUUACCGCCGGGUCAAAUUCGUGCCGUCAUUUACAAAAUGGCAGAGAGUUUUUUUGUUUUUUUUUGGCUUAUACUAUGUGUAAACCAGGGGUCUUUUUCCACAGCCAUACAGAUCACACUGAUGGUUGUGAUAUAAAACAACUUUAACACUCUUACUAAUAUGCGCCACACUCUGUGAACCCACACCAAACACAUUUCGGGAGAAGAUUGGCUCCGUAACACAUUAUAAACGCAACAUAAUUUCAUUUAAUUUUUAUUGACAUCCAGCAUCAGACAUUUCCAUCCAUUAAAUCAUAUUCACAUACAUCACAUAGCCGUUGUCUGCCCUAGAUGUCAAAUGUAUUUUUGUUUACCACCCACCCCUCCCCCCCCAAAAAAGAAAAAGAAACAGAGAUAACAAAAACAAGGUAGUAUCUACACAUCAAUUAAAUCAGCAAAAAAUAGAUAAUACAUUGAUAAUAAUAAUGAACAGAAAUAAAAUAAAAUAAAUAUAUACAGAUACUUAUAUGUAUAUAUACACAUAUAGGGAGUAAUCUUUUUUUUUUCUGGAGAACAUUGGCUCUGUAACACAUUAGUAUAAUUAUAAACGCAACAUAAGAAUUACCCAGAAUUCCAAUGCAUCCAUGACUCUUGGCUCUAUUAUACACGCGCCCCCAACCACGCCCACCUCAACCAACGCACGGGGGGAUGCUAGCGGGUGUAUAAUAUAGCCAAGAGUCAUGGAUGCAUUGGAAUUCUGGGUAAUUCUUAUGUUGCGUUUAUAAUUAUAUUAAUGUGUUACAGAGCCAAUGUUCUCCAGAAAUGUUUAUUCUUGUUUGGUGUGGGUUCACAGAGUGUGGCGCAUAUUAGUAAGAGUGUUAAAGUUGUUUAUAUCACAACCAUCAGUGUAAACGGUAUGGAUGUUGACCAAGUAUGCAUUGCAAUCUCGUAUGAGAAGCAGCGAAAUGCAUGUGUCCUACCGACAAAGGUGUAAAGGUGGGCGCGAUGAUAUGUUGUAGAACAGUGGUCCCCAACUACCGGGCCGCGGCCGCAGAAGAAUUUUUAUUUUUUUUAUCACACUCAAUUUUUUACUGCAUGCCAUUGGUAAGCGCAGGGGUGAGAAGAAGUUUAAAAAUUAUUAGCGCCUGCUUACUUUUACGGCAUGCCUUGAAUAAGCACAGAAGUGAGAAGAGGUUUUAAAUUAAUUAGCGCCCCGGCGGCUAUUCAAGGAAAUACGGUAUAUUUACAUCCAAAUCGUGAUUCUUAUUCAUAAUUUUAAAAAAUCGAUUUAAAAACUUUUUUUUGUAUUUUUAUUUUUUUUAUAAGACUCAAUUUAAAAAAUAUAUGUUUUCAGGCCUUCUCCGUGCAACCAGAAAGGUGCUUAUUUAACUGUAACCUGUUUUGAAAUAGUUUCAAUAUAAUUUAUUUGACCACAUAAUAUAUUGCGUGAUAAAUCAAGAAUCGAUUCUGAAUCGAAUCGUUAGGUAUCCAAACAUCCACACCCCUACUAACGAGCACCCAUCGUGAAACUCUGUGACAUGCCAUGCAGUAAAAUAAGCGUAUUACAGAUGCAUUUUUAACCAGAUGCCACUGAUGGGAAAAAGACAUAGCAAAUUCAAAAAUCAAGCUCUCGACUAGCUUUUUUUAAAUCGUUUUUGGGGGGAUGUCUGCCAUCCUUUUACCGUGCUGAGGAUGGAACGUCAAUAUCAGCGAAGGACACCAGAGCCCGGCCUAAAAUCAGCUCUGUGGCCGACGUGACAAUCAUUGUUACUUUAACUUUAACUCAAAUAAACAACUAUUUAAGGUGCUAAUCAUAAUGCUGUAAUUACACCACUCUGCUAGAAUGUUUAUAGUGCAGGCUCGCUUGGAUUAAUUUAAAAAUGUAUUAUUAAAAAAAAAAAAAAAGUCAUAUAUAUAUAUAUAUAUAUUUAGAUAUAUAUAUAUAUAUUGCCAUAGCUUCCAUAAAGAUCAUGUCAUGUUUUUAUAUUGGUUAUUAAAAAUGCAUUUGCAGAAAUCUUUUAUUUGAGGGAUGAAAGUGUUUUCUUUUGUAAAUCCAGUAUAAAACACAGGGUUUUAAUUGUUUUAUUUUUUUCACAAGCGCCCCAAGUACGGAUGUUUUGGAGACACAGCGUCAUAAGAAUAUGUAUUUGUUUGAACUGGACACCAGUGUGUAUUAUUGUGAAACCUUGCUGUAUACAGUGGACCCCCACCCCCUGGCUAUUUUAAUGUUAUUUAAUAUUUGCAAACUGAGCGACAAGAAACCGCGUUAAUAUCUUUAUACAUCAGUUUGCCCAACUUGUCUUGGAGUUUAUCAUUUUUAUGUGUACAUUUGGUGCUCCAGAGAGAACAAAGUUGUAACAAUAAUUGGCUUUUAUUUUUUUAUUUUAUUUUUUUCUUCAUAGUUGGGCUUUUUUUCCCCUCUGUUUCUCUCUAUGAUAAUCAACCAUGUACUGUAUCAGGUGCUAUUCUAUUACAUUUGUUUAAAAAAAAAUAAAAAAUGCAAAUAUGUGAAAUGUUUCCUUUUUAUUUUGUAAAUCUGUUGUAGACAUUAAAGCAAGCUGAAAAUACCUCACUUUUUUUCCGCAUGGCUGUUUAAACAACAAGAUUGUUCUAUUGCCUUUAUGAACACACCCUGUUAGAAAGUACAGUAUUUAGUGGAAUGAACAAUUCUGAACAUGAAAUCGACGCCACAAACCUUUUGCCUGUCAUCUACUCAGUGACCAUUUGUUCAAUAAAUACCUUCAAUUUG